UCACAGGAGGAGGAUCGGCGGCGACCGGCAGCAUCACUCGCACCUGAGACGCUCACUGGAGAAUCAACAAGUUGUUUCUUUUCUCUCUUUUUUGAGUUUAUGUCAGUGGUGUAGAAAAACAAAAAGAAGGCACCUGCAGCUGAUAGUGGGGCACCAUGUUGGAAUUGAAGAAGGUGGCGCUCCUGCUGUGCGUCCUGGCUUCUGCGGCUCUGGGCCAAGGAGCAGUGAGGAGCAGGAGUCAGUCGGACCGGAGUCGGAGAGUGGCCUUCAACCCAUUCACUGAUUCACAGACAGCAGGCGUGACUGAGUGGACGUCUUGGUUCAACAUCGACCAUCCUGGAGGAAAUGGAGACUACGAGCGUCUGGAGGCGAUUCGCUUCUACUACAGAGAGAGGGUCUGUGCACGGCCCAUGGCCAUGGAGGCUCGCACCACGGACUGGGUGGCAGCGGCAGACACCGGGGAGGUGGUGCACUCCAGUCUGGAGAAGGGCUUCUGGUGCAUCAACAAAGAACAGCCACAAGGCCGCAUCUGCUCCAACUACCAUGUCCGCUUUCAGUGCCCCCCAGUGCAGAGCUAUUGGACCAACUGGAGUGAGUGGGGUCCCUGUUCCACUACGGCUUGUAAUGAUGUAGGAAUCCAGGUCCGCCAGAGGAAAUGUAUCAGUGCUCAGCCCAUGCCUCUCCUGUUGGUGCCGGCGUGUCAGGGGUAUCAUUCAGAGAGGCAGGAGUGCUCCACCCCUCCAUGUACAGCCAAGUGGAGUCCUUGGGGUCGGUGGGGGUCGUGUUCCGUUACCUGUGGUGGAGGUCGCAGGAUCAGGAGGAGGACCUGUGACAGGAGCUCGGUGACGGUGCAGUGUACUGGACGGCCUGUCGAUGCACAGAAAUGCGGGAAGAGUCCAUGCCCAGCCAAAUGUCAGCUUGUGUGCACCGGCGGUCGUCCCAGCGAAGACUGCAGCCGCUGUGUGUGCGCCGGCCACGUGCUACAUGGAGAAGUCCACACUGUGACAGGUGCCCCUGUGGCAGGAGUGUACGUGGCACUUGCCAGCCAGCCCAAGGCUGUCCUCGCUCGCACUGACACCAAAGGUCAAUUCAAGCUGGAAGGAGUCUGCUCCUCCAGCUCCACCUUGAUCGCCAUCAGCAAGGAGAAGUUUGUUCCGAUCACCAUCUCCACCAUCAGUAACACCACAGGGUUAUCUCAGGUCCGGGCAGUCCUUAAAUCAGCUGAGAAGCCGUACAUUGUGAAGCACCCAGAGGACAAAGUGCGUUACGAGGGAGGACGGGUGAUGUUUUGCUGCAAGGCAACAGGAUCCCCACUACCUGACAAAUACUACUGGUACCACAACGGGACUUUGCUGGACAGGAAGGUGUACAAGUACGAGGAGGACCUUGUGCUGCGAGACCUGAGGAUGCAGCAGUCGGGACAGUAUUACUGUAAAACCAGCAGCGCUGCAGGCAGCAUCAAGUCCACUCCAGCCUCCCUCACUGUGAUUGAAAAAGGAACGCCAGCAUGCAAUUCCACCCCCGAGAUGCACCUCAUUCGACUGCCGGGGGACUGUGUUCAACCUGGGACUGACUCCAGGCUCUACAAUGCUGGCCGCUGCCCCCACAACAAAUGUGCUGGCUCUCUAGACUUUGAUACACGCUGCAGAGAUGCUGCCGGAUUCUGCUGCGGGGCCCAAAAUAUGGACAGUCGAAUCAUCGACUGUGGGAGCUACAGCCUCCCGAUCCGGGCUGUGACACAGUGUGGCUGUCAGAAGUGCUUGCAGCCAACUGUGCUAGUUCGAGGCAGAGUAGUCACAGCUGACAACGAUGAGCCUCUGCGCUUUGGACACAUCUUUAUCGGCAAAGAGAGGGUGGGCACCACUGGAUAUCAAGGAGGCUUCACACUACAGAUUACCCCUGAUACACAGAGAUUAGUGGUAAAUUUUGUUGACCCCAGUGAGAAGUUUCUUGACACCCCUAAGGUAUUUAUCUUGGAUAAGAAAGGUGGAUCAAUCUACCAUAAUGUGAAGGUAAUGAGAAAGAAGAUACCGAUUGAUAUCAAUGCAGGGGAGACCAACUCUAUAAACCUAGGAGAAAUUCAAGGGGAAGACCCCAUAGGACAGCUGGUGAUUCCUCCCAAUUCCUUUCAUAAGGACAAUGGAGACAUCUAUGAGGGGACUGUAAAAGCCAGCGUCACAUUCAUCGACCCUCGAAACAUCACUACUGCUGCUGCGGCACCCGGCGAUCUGAACUUUGUGGACGAUGAGGGGGACAUGCUCCCUUUGAGGACCUAUGGCAUGUUCGCUGUGGACUUCAGAGAUGAAACCAACAAGGAAGUACUCGGAACUGGAGCAGUUCAAGUCCUCCUGGACACACAGCAUGUCAAAAUGCAGGAGCAUAUUUCCAAAAUGAAACUGUGGUCUUUAAACCCAGACACGGGAGUCUGGGAGGAGGAGAGCGACUUUUCGUACACCCAAACUACUGGUGGUCAUGGGCGCAGCAAACGAGAGGAGCGCACGUUCCUGAUAGGCAACAUGGAGAUCCGAGAACGUAGACUCUUCAACUUAGAUGUGCCUGAAAACAGACGCUGCUAUGUGAAAGUGCGGGCCUACAUGAGUGAUAAGUUUCUUCCGACUGAACAGCUGGAAGGUGUUGUGAUUACUUUGAUAAACCUAGAGCCUAAGCCUGGAUAUUCAUCUAAUCCUAGGGCAUGGGGCCGCUUUGACAGUGUCAUAACUGGAUCUAACGGGGCCUGUUUACCAGCUUUCUGUGACGCCCAGAGGCCUGAUGCCUACACAGCAUAUGUUACUGCGAUGAUGGGUGGGGAAGAACUCGAGGCAGCUCCCUCCUCCCCCAAGAUGAAUCCAAACAUCAUCGGAGUGUCUCAGCCAUAUCUGGAUAAAAUAGACUACCAGCGUUCAGACCAUGAGGAUCCAGCUCUGAAGAAAACAUCCUUCAAAAUCAACUUGGCAAAGCCUAAUCAAAACAAUUUUGAUGAGACCAACGGGCCAAUAUAUCCAUACAAGAAUUUAUUAGGUUGUGAAAAUUCCCCUGUGGAUGCGAAUCACUUCCGAUUCUUCAGAGUGGAAAAGGACAAGUACGAAUACAACGUUGUUCCUUUUGAAGAGAAUGAUUUGACAACCUGGACUGGAGACUACCUUUCCUGGUGGCCAAAUCCCCAGGAGUUCAGAGCCUGCUACAUCAAGGUUAAGAUCCAUGGACAGAAGGAAGUGAUGGUCAGGUCACAGAACCUGGGAGGGACGCACAGAGAAACCAAGGGCAAACUCUACGGUAUUAGAGACAUUCGCAGCACCCGGGACAUGCGAGAGGCCAACACCUCUGCAGCCUGUGUGGAGUUCAAAUGCAGCGGCAUGUUGUUUGAUCAAGCUGAGGUGGACAGAUCCCUCAUAAAGCUCCUUCCACAAGGUAACUGUCGCAGGAUUAGCACCAACAACCUCAUACAAGAGUAUCUCAUCAAACAUUCACCAGUCGCUCAAAACAACGACUCCCAUGCUUUCACCAUGCUCGCUCCUGUUGAUCCUCUGGGACACAACUAUGGGAUCUACACAGUCACAGACCAGAAUCCCAGGGUGGCCAAGGAGAUCGCUAUUGGGCGCUGCUUCGACGGCACCUCAGAUGGUUUCUCCAGGGAGAUGAAGACGGACUCUGGAGUGGCGCUGACCUUCAGCUGCCCUGAGAGGAAAAUUAACAGGGAGAGCCUCUUCCAGCGCCUGCAGACCAAUCCGGGUCAGACACUGUCUCAAAUGGCAAGGGACAUGAGGGAGUCGGAGGGUCUACAGGUGCAGAGAUCAUCCACCCAGGUGGUGGCCUAUCCUUCAGAGCAGCGGAUGGGAACCCAGGGACGCAGAUUUAGCUCCACAAGCAGGAGGAGAAUGCCCAUGCGCACACAGCAGCGCCAGUAGAGGUGCCAAGAGGUCGGGUUUGAUAAAAUAAUUUGAUGGAUAUUUACAGUGACAGUAAUAUCAGAAUGAAUCAUGUGUUCUCUCUGUAAACUGAUUCGUAUAACAUCAGCAUUUUUUCAGCAUAAACACAUCUUUUUAUGCUGAAACAAACAAACAACUGAUGAUAUGUAAAUCAGGAUAUUGCACUUCCUUCUCAUUUAUAGGUAUUCAGCUGAGACUGAUAUGGUGGCAUCAAGUCAAUAGUAGAAGUAAUAGUUGUCGAGUAUGAAACUCCCUCUUGAUUAUUAAAAAAUCAAAAUAGCAAGAGAGAUAGUAAUUCAGCAAAAUCAUCAAGUAUGAUUUAAGAUAUUCUUUAGUCGUAUACUUGAAGGGAUUGAUAUAUUCAUUUCUUACUUCUGUUCUAAAAGACACAUCAUUUGUGUAUAUGUAAAACGGUGACUGACAUUUAUUUAAUUGGCUUUGGUCUAAUUCUAUGAAAGAAUAGACCAAACUGACAGUCAAGAAUGUAACUUUUCUAGCCCUAAUUUGUGGCCUUCCACUUUUCCCAUGGUGGGUGUUUUUGCUGAUGUCUCUUAACACUCUGGUUUAAACCAAACCUUCAGAAAAUGUUAAGUACUACGCCAGGCCCCAAACACUUCAUAGUUGGCCAGCACUUUCCAUUGAACACAUACUUUUUGUCAAGAUCAGAAUGUAAAAACCAUGAGGUCCAGUUGUCUGCACCAGACACUUUUUCCUUCCUCUUUAAACUAGGUCACUCUCUCCACCAAAUUAGAGGGAGACAGUGGAGCGAGGCUUGCCACCCUGGGAACAGAGGAUUUUUUCAGACAUGCUUCUUUAUGUUUUUCAUUAGCAUGUUACAUUGCCAACUGUGAUUCAGCCAAAUGUCCCUACACACCUACUUAGAAUGUGCAAGACCAAGGCCUUGGCCAAAACAAGCAUGGAUCUGACUAGUAGCAGCAUAAAAUCUGGAUAAUUAAUUGCAACGGUAUGACCUAUUUUCCCUUUGUCCUCUGCACAUUCCAAAUUAGCACAUCACUAAACAAUUAGUUUCUUAAAGCAAUAUAUUUCCCAGUGUCUAAUCUUGAAUCAUUCAGGGUCUUACUUGACUUUUUCUGUUGUUGGGUAAAGUGUCUGUGAGCUGCAUUUAUAUCAUGAAGUGCAAUAACUAUGUAGUAUAAUUUAAAAAAAUCAGCAUGUAACAAACUAGCAUAGUACAUGACAAAUGCUGCUGGUGACUGAAACAGCUCCUUCAGUACAUGCAGCAGAUAUAGUGUGGGUAAGAUGUUUGUAAGAGAUCUUGCACAGGACUCACUUUGAGUGAUUUUCUUUCAGCAAAUAGAAUUAACUGCUAUGUAAUCAUUCUUCCAUUUUCUGAGCUACAUAGAAUCUAUUAACCUUUUCAUGCUUUGCUGCAUGAGACAGUUGUUUGUACAGUUUGUACGCCGCAGUAAUCUUUUCAACUUCACAGGGCAAGCUUGUUAUUGGGAGUUAAAACUCUCAGUGGAGCCUUCGUCUCAUCAACACAACCCACAGUCACACAUGAAAGUGAUAAUUAAUAAGUGCUGUGCUAAAGAAGUUCAUGGAAAGAAAGUUUAACCAACAAUAUCAAUAAAUUCAAAGCAUAACAUUUUUGCAUAUUUGUUAUUUGACUAGAAGAAUAACUGGGUAUUCAAAUUAAAGUCAAUAAUAGGAAGGCUCCAAACUUGUUUAUCUGCUAAAUGGGCUCCUGCAGACCCAUGGGAGAAGCUCUUCAAGCUGAACUAAUCCAAAGCCAAAUAAGAGGGCGCACGGUCCAUAGAGAAGCCAGAGAGGCUGAUGAGUAAAUAUAAGCCUACUGUUAAUUAGAAAAUAUAUUACAUAUUCUCUUGGGAACUCAUUUAACAGUUCGCCCCUGACUUCCAAAAACAGCCAAACAUUUUGAAUUCAAGGAAACAAAGGAUGAAGUAAAGUAAUCAACAAUAUGGAGGGCCUGGGAGGAUUAUGGUCAAACAUAUGAACUGGCAUCCAGCCCAGUACAGUUUGUGUUUCCAGCCUCAUCAUUUAAGCUUGAAUGAAUUUAUAUGCAUAGCAGGCACCCGCUUUUUUACGUGUUACAUUUUGCAAAUGUGAGGUAAUCUAAUUGAAAACCAACCAGGACAAUAAUCUGAAAAAUACUGAGUGACAGCUUGUGAUACCUUGACGAUUAUCACUGACCCUCUAAUCAUAGGCCCGUGGGCCGUCCACAGGCUGAGCAGUUCCUUUCAUCCAAAAUAAAGACGAUGAUGAAAUCCAGGUGUGGGAAGAGAUAAGUCCUAUAAAAAAUGCAGUGGUGUGUGAGGUCAGCUGGGAAGGCCGAACAGCUGUAGAGCAACUGAAGGAAAUGUAAGACCAAAGACAUCAAGAGCGAGAUUAUCUUGGGAUGGAUUUAAUCAUUUUCAGGGUUAGUGUCGUAUUCAAGGAAGAAAGGAAGGGAACAAUAUUAGCUGUUAUUUGGCCUCACCGAGCAUCACAUACAGAAUCUCAGGCUUCCAAAGUUGUUGCACAUGGAAGAAUGCAGGUUUUUGGAGGUGAAUGCUUUGACAGGAGAACUGGCUUAUUCAUGAGGUGAAGUUAUCAGGGGAGUUUGAAGGACAAGGUAACAAUAAUAGGCUGUGUAAACCAUUAUGUGAGGCUUUGGAUGGGAAAGUAAGCAGGACUCUCCAAACAGUUACUUUGUCUUCUGGAGAACUUCAAAGGAAGAUUAAAGAACCUCGGCGAUGUUUGGUUUAAUGAUUUAAGAAAAAAAAAGUUUCCAAAGUCUUCAAAUGUCAAUAAAAGAGGUUUCAUCCUGAAUCCAGUGAAUACAACACACCGCACAGAUUCCUUUUUUUAAUGGAAAGAAAAAGGUUUAUCUCAUCAAACCUCUGUGGGAAUAUUAAUCAUAACAUGUUAUAUUUCAUUUAGCUCUCUCGCAAAUAGGCAUAUUUCAAAAAUGUUGAAAGUUAGAUGAGAUCAGUGACCGAUCUCAUGCUUGUACGGGAAAUGUGAAGCUACAGUCAACAGAUGGUUGGCUUAGCCUAACAUGAGGACUGGAGACAUGUGCAGACACGAGAGUACUAUCAAUCUUCUCAUACUAAUUCUUUGGAAGGAAGUGAAGGAGGGUUUAAUUUUAAUGAAUAUAUUAUACACAGGGCUAUAGUGUUGCUUGACAAUUGGCACUUUCAGUGAAUUUUGUUCUGAAGUUGAUUUCUUCCUAAAAAUACAGAAUCUCAGUGGGUGCACAUGCUGUUAACAGCACUCUUCCUCUCAAGUGCAGAAAAGCACAAAUCUCUUGAUCCACAUCAUCAUGAACAGGUUCACCCAUUUUCUCCUCAGUACAGUCCAGCAGGUCUCAGGGAGAUCCUAACUUAUUUUGUAGGUCAGUCCUUGAACUUCUCCUCCACUUUCCAUUAUAUAAGUAUAAGAAGAGUAUAAGAAGAGAGGUGUAUAUUUACCACUGUGCUCCAGUUAAAGAAUUACAUCAACACACACUUGACGAUCCUCUGUUAACACUUAACUAUCGCAUGGUGAUGCUGAACUCUUGGUUUCUGUCUCUGCAUUCAGUUUUAAAAUGUACAUUGUGUAUUGUAUGAAAUCUACUAUAAUGGUGCAAGAAAGUGUAAAUAAAUGAUUUUGUGUAAAGCUUA